AUGAAUGGAAUGGCAUAUAAAAUUUUUCAAUACUAUUCUUAUAAGGACUUAAAAUCAUUGUAAGAUAUUCUGAAAAUUGAUUCGAUUGGAUUUGUAAAUAUUGAUGAAGAUGAAUAAAUUAUUGAAUAUGAAAUCGAUCGAUCCAAAUGUUUAAGAUUAAGCGAUCUCAUUUUAAUGAUUAACCAAGGGUUUUUUCAAAUUUAUUUAGGACAACUAUUAGGCGUAUUUCUUGAUCUGUUAAGAAAAGUGAUAUCAUUAAAAAAUUAACACAACAUUGAUCAUUAAUAUCUUGAUGACAAUAGAAUUUGGUUGGUAUUCUAAAAUCCUAAUAAAUGUAUAAAUUUUGAUUACUAAAAAAUUGAAUACAAAAUUGUAUUUACAGGAUAUCAAUGUUAACUAUACGAGGAAAGUUCAGAAAUAAAAAUACCUGCAGAAUAGAAAGUAUAAAGGAUUAUUAAGGAUAUAUUAAUUAAUUUCAAGAAUAAAAAUACUUUUAUUAAUUCUUCUGAAAAAGAUAAAAUCAUUAAAUUCAUUUAUGAUCCAAUCAUUUAAGAAUGUGAUAAAAUGAAUAUUUAAAACACUCUAAAUUUGAUUCUAGAAAUUUUUUAUAAAUUUAAGUUCAACAGUGAAGAAUAGACUAUUGCAAUAGAUCAAACCAAAAUUAAAAUUGACAAAACAAAUUUAUAUUUAGUACAAAAUAGUUUUAAGGAUUUCAUUGAAAAUUUAAAAGGAGAGAGUUCAUUUAUUUUAGAAACUUUCCUAUUUUUUCAGUUAAAAUCAUUUACAAAUAUGCUUGAUAGAAGGGGUAGUGAAUUUUACAAAGUUGGUAAAAAGGAAAAUUGA